AUGGAGGUUGAGGGGAGCAGAAGGAGGGGAUCUAAGUAUGCAUACGAUGGAAGCGACCAUAGCAGGAGAGGCUCCAAUGAUGACAGAGAAGUGGAAAGGUACCCACGGGGGAAACACGACUCGCCAAGAGGACGCAGAAGUAGGUCCCACUCCUAUAGAGCGAGACGGAACUCGAUGGAGAAUCACGGAGGUGGGGACAGAUAUCAUAUGGAUGGAAGAGGACGCAGAGACAGGAGCUCAGGCAGCAACCACCCGUCUAGAGACUCAUACGCAAAGCGGAGUGAAGACAAUUCAACGGACGAGGCGAGGUGGCGGGCCAGGAGAGGGGAACGCGAUUUGCGUGAUGUGCGUGAUGAGCGGCUAGAACGCGGGCAUCGGGACGAAAGAGAUUAUCGCGAUCGAAGCGACAGCCGGGACAGGAGGGAUCGACGAGAAAGGCGGGAGCACAGAGACAGGAGAGGAAGACGUGAUAGGGAUGAAAGGAAAAGGAAGUACAGUAGGCUCAACCCCAAUUUGUCCUCCUCCCAUGAGCGGUCCAGAUCGAGAGAGAGGCGAAGAAGGAAAUUACAGGCAGAAUGCAUUAAAAAAGCAGGAGGAUUUAAAAAACUAGCUGACAUGGAAGGACACGAAACGACGAGCGUUUUCUGGGAUGGGUUCCAGUGGGUAGCCAAAACAAACCAGUCGUCUACCUCCCAUCUAGAUCCUGCAGUAAUGAAUUCUACAAGGAAAUUGAGACGACUCUAUUUUGGUAAUCUGCCUCUCCAUCUAGGAUUAUCCGAAAACGAGUUCCAGGAGACUGUCUGGGAUGAAAUGAAAAAAAGGAAGUUUUGUAAUGACGAGAAAAUCAAUCCUGUUCUUUAUGUCUGGUUUGCCAAAGACAAGGGCAACUAUGGGUUUGUUGAGUUUUCCACUGUGGAGGAAACGGAAAGAGCCUUGACGAUGGAUGGUAUGCUUUGCAGGGGGGUAGCUCUGAAGGUCUCCAGACCCAACGACUACUCCACCAACGUGAUGAAGAGUAAUCAGCCUUCGAUUCUUCAGAACGUUGCGGGGGUUAGCGGCGUGGGAGGAGUAGCUAGCGGAGUAACUAGCGGCGUGGGAAACCUGUACGGGAAGCCGCCGCCUCCACCGGGGGGCACCCCUCCAUCCGUGCUCAGGGAGGCACACGACCCCGGGCUAGACAACCAGAGUAACCUCCAGACCAAGUACCUACGUGUGCUAGAAAUCGUCUCAGAAGAGUCAGUUAACAGCGAAGAUUAUUCAUCCAUCUUGGAAGACAUCAAAGAUGGGUUCCAUUCCCAGGGAAUAAUCAUUAACGCCAUUUUAAUAACACCCAAGUAUGCACAGAUGACUCCCUUCAGUGUUGGAGAUGUCGUCAUUGAGUUUGAAAACGCUGCCUCCGUGGAUAGCAGCAUCGUAAAUAUGUCCAAUCGGAAGUAUGAAGGGAGGGUCAUUCGAAUGACUAAGGUAGACCAAGCCACGUACGACGUGCACGUCAGGCCCAUCAUCAGGGAUCUCUAUGAGCAGAAUGGGAUCUAG